GCCAAGCUCCGGCAGUCGCGAGCGGCCAACUCAUCGAGCGGGUGCUCCAAUCGUGGUGCUGGCGACGGUGCCGCGCGCGUAAAGGCCACAUUACACGCGCUCGUACAACACAUAUACACGUACGUGUGACACACACACACACACACACACACACACACAUACACACACACACACACGUACACGGCGCGGCAGUUACCGUAUACGUACGAGGACGUCGGCGCGUACACCCGGUCACGCGUGCGUACGCACUGUUCGCGCGCGCGUCGCGUCGCAUCGCGCAGCGGGAGGAGCAGCGGUGGAAAAGCUUGGACGAAAGAGCGAUACUCGUGCAAGAAGGUAGUAUCGGGUACACGGCGAGAGAGAAAGAGAGUGAGAGAGAUAGAGUGAGAGGGAACGGGGGGGAGAGCAUCGAGUUUGUGAGCGGAACGUAGUGCGCGCAAGCUUACGGAGAAUAGUCCAGGCGGUCGCCUGAGGGGGAAGAUCGACGUGCGAGCUCCCAGUGCCGGAGCUUGCGGAGACGCGCUACCUUCUCGGGAAGAACUCCGAUCGUGGAAGUUUUUGACCGGCUGGCGUGCUUCCGGAACCUCCGGAAUCGGUGGAUCGGCACUUCGCAAGAAACGGGAGCGUGUACGAGUUUGAUAGACCUGGAUGCGACGCGGGAGAAGUACGCGCGGUGCUUACUUGCGUAAGCGGUCGCGUGCGUCGGUGAGUGAGCUUCGUACCUGCGCUCCGGCGAUCGCCAGAAGAGCCACGAGGAGGAAAAUGUCCGGGACCAUACAAAGAUAGACGCUGCGCGUAGCGCGGGGCGUGCGCGAUUGAAAAAAGCUCGCGCGUAUUCCAAUCCGGAGUGUCCGAUGAACGAGACUCGCUCGGCAUUUGGUCUUCGAGCGAGCGACAAACGCCUCUUUUUGUUUUGACGCGAAGCACGGCGGAGCUUUCAGAAAGUACGCCGGGAAGCUGUGCGGACGCUCUUCUUUCGUUGACUGUUUGAUGUUUACUCGUAAGCGUUUUCUCCUCUAUUCUACAAGCGGCUUCGGCGAAGCUUUAUCCAUGCGAAUUUCAACUUCACGGACGUGACCGAGUUUACGAGUGUGCGCUUGGAUAACGAAGGCUUUAUAGCAAGAAACGAAAUUUUUCUUAGCUUCAGCCAAUUGGCAUUUACAAGUGAAUGGCAUCUUGAAAGAAGCUUGUAUCUCGAUACACGGUGUCUUAAAUAAUAUUCUGCGAAAAGCUCUACCUACUACAAAGUGUAUAAGAGAAAUUUUACAGAAACCUCUAAUCUUCUUGCAGAGACUACUUCUAGACUUAUUUUCUCAAGUGUCGCGAUUAUCUUUAGCCUUUAAAGCAUUUUUUCUUGUUAUUAUUAAAAGAGAACGUUUCAUUGUUUGUUACAUGAACUCGUGAGGUUUGAAUGUGAAUCCGGGCUCGAUAAAAACAUCGAGUCUUAUCGACGCGUAAUGUCGUCAACAUCCGUCUCUCCGAGAAGUGCACUCGUAUCUAUGUAGGGACCCGACGGUGAGCUCGAAAGCUCGAGAAUGUAGUGUCCUGGUGGGCGCUUGCUGGCGGAGACUCAAGCUCAGGCUCUCGCGGCGGCCAAGCCGAGCCAAAACAGGUGGAAGAUCUCCGGCGCGAUACUCUGAAGAGUACCACGAAAAGCUAUCGCGUGACUAUCGAUGAUGAUGGGAGGCACGUUGCCAGAACGCGAUUGGUUGGCCCGGCGCGCGUCUCCGCUCGGCUCGUGUUUUGCUGCGUGCCGGUCGUCACUUCGUUAAGCUCGAUAUUUCCUCAAGAGACCGAAUUAGAGAAAGGGAGAAUCUUGGAAUGCCAGGCGUGAAAUGACGAUCUUCGGGAUCGUGCCCGAUCUUAGGCAAUUAACGCUGAUGUCAUCGUCAUUGUUGUCGUCGUCGUCGGCGUCGUCGUCAUCGUCGUCGCCGCGACGUUGGAGAGGCAAACGUUGUUUGCCCAGUUAAUUACGAUUCUUUGAUGCCACUCGCGAUCUUAUAACGACGAAUGCGGCGAGGUGCGACGGGUCUCGGUGAGAGACUGUUUCGAUAUUUGCAUUUUAAAGAGCGAGAGUGACGAUAAAGAAAAAUUGAAUCCGUUUUCCCGCGAGGGAGAAUUUUGUUGAAGAGAUUAAGUAUACGCAACCGACGAGUAGAUAAAUAGAUUUGUAUAUAAAAUAAACGAAAUAAAUAAAUGGAAGUAGAAGAGUUGCUGAUAGCAAGGAAGACAUAGCAAGUAGAUCUUGGACUUAAAACUAAGAUCAGAUUAGAAGAAUCGUUAAAAGUCGAGAAGUUGAAUUAAAAAUAGAGAUUAGCAAUGUGAUCAUUUUUUGAGAGAAAGAAAGAGAGAGAGAGAGAGAGAGAGAGAUCUAGACCAGUAGUCAUACUGCUGAUCGUGCGGCGGGCUUGAAGAAGCAUGAAUCAAACAAACGUCAGCUUGAGCUGACCUAAGAAGAAUCGCGGCAAGAAGCAGCGUAUUCCACGCCACAAAUUGGAGAGAGGAAGUCUUUAAGUUCGAAAGCUUUAUUGAAUCUGUAUGUAGAAGAAAUCUUUGGAGAGUUGCCAGUCUCAAAUAAAAAAAUUGUUUUAAGUUCGUUGCAAGAAAGAUAUUUGAAGUAAGAUAUUUGAAGUCGAGAUAGCGACGAACGUUCGAGCGGCGCGCAGUGCUGCUAAAUUUCAGCUCGUAAAUGUCAAAUCGACGAAAGAACGUACUACACGGUCCAAGGAUUUUAUCCAUCGUCGAGGCACGUAUCCACCGUAAGUGAUUGAUGCAGGUCGGAUCAUCGAUGUUGAACCUGUCGUGGAUCUAGAUCGUCACUUCGAAGAGAGAGGGUCUGCGUAUAGAGAAUCAAUUUGACGUGACAAGAGUAGAGCGUGCCGCCAAGCACUUCGGGUACGGUGAACGCUGGCUCUCCCGUUACCCUGAAGGAAGAUUCCACCUUCAAAUAUGGCCUCGGUGGCAGCGUGGCUGCCAUUCGCCCGUGCGGCGGCGAUCGGCUGGGUACCGAUCGCCACACACCCACUGCCACCGCCGCCGAUCCCGAAGGACCGGCGCAAGGCUGACGACGAGAAGCUGUUGAUCAACGUGAGCGGCCGUCGCUUCGAGACGUGGCGCAACACCCUAGAGAAGUAUCCGGACACGCUGCUCGGCUCGAACGAGCGCGAGUUCUUCUACGACGAGGAGAGCAAGGAGUAUUUUUUUGACCGGGAUCCGGACAUCUUCCGGCACAUCCUCAACUAUUAUAGAACCGGCAAGUUGCACUAUCCGAAGCACGAGUGUCUGACGAGCUACGACGAGGAACUGGCGUUCUUCGGUAUCUUGCCGGACGUGAUCGGCGAUUGUUGUUACGAGGACUAUCGGGAUCGUAAGCGCGAGAACGCCGAGCGGCUGAUGGAUGACAAGCUGAGCGAGAACGGUGAUCAGACCCUUCUGCCACUGCUCGACAUCCGGGAGAGUAUGUGGCGAGCCUUCCAGAAUCCGCACAUCUCCACCGCCGCGUUGGUGUUUUAUUACGUCACCGGAUUCUUCAUCGCUGUGAGCGUGCUGGCGAACGUGGUGGAGACCGUGCCGUGCGGCAAUCGUCCGGGCCGCGCCGGCACUCUCUCGUGCGGCGAGCGUUACAAGAUCGUGUUUUUCUGCCUUGACACCGCGUGCGUGAUGAUCUUCACGGCCGAAUACCUGCUCAGGCUGUUCGCCGCGCCCGACCGGUGCAAGUUCGCGCGUUCCGUGAUGUCUGUCAUCGACGUGGUGGCGAUACUGCCGUACUACAUCGGGCUCGGGAUCACCGACAACGAUGACGUGUCGGGCGCGUUCGUGACGCUGCGCGUGUUCCGCGUGUUCCGUAUCUUCAAGUUUUCACGACACUCGCAGGGACUACGUAUUCUCGGUUACACUCUAAAGUCCUGCGCCUCCGAGCUUGGUUUCCUCGUGUUCUCGCUCGCGAUGGCCAUCAUCAUCUUCGCGACCGUUAUGUUCUACGCGGAGAAGAACGUCGACGGCACCAACUUCACUUCGAUACCUUCCGCCUUCUGGUACACCAUCGUUACGAUGACUACGCUGGGCUACGGUGACAUGGUUCCGAAAACGAUUGCGGGGAAAGUCGUCGGGGGUGUAUGCUCCUUGAGCGGCGUCCUAGUGAUCGCUUUACCGGUACCUGUAAUCGUCAGCAACUUCAGCAGAAUAUAUCAUCAAAACCAACGUGCUGAUAAGCGGAAGGCGCAAAGGAAGGCCAGAUUGGCGCGUAUCAGAAUCGCGAAGGCGUCGAGCGGCGCCGCCUUCGUGAACAAAAAGAAGGCAGCGGAGGCGCGUUUGGCUGCUCAGGAGAGCGGACUGCACCUGGAAGAGUUUUACAAGGAGGAGGAUAUCUUCGAGCUGCAGCAUCAUCACCUACUUCGUUGCUUGGAGAAGACCACGGACCGCGAAUUUGUGGAGAUGGAGGUGCCGUACAACGGUGCUCCGAAGAGGCCGGGCUCGCCAUCGCCCCUGACAUCCCCCGCGCACAGCACUGCCUCCAGGGGCGGCCUGUUGCAGUCCUGCUGCGGGCGCUGCUACCCCCAACGUUACCAGAGCCUGUCCUAUCAACUUACCUCGAACGAGAGCAAGGACAGAGUGGUGCUCAUAUACGGCGACCGUAUACAGGUGCGAAAAAAGUAAUAAAAACGAGCCGUUCGCAUCGACGCCACGCGAUGGGAGAUCGUCAUCAGGCUCAGCGGCAUUCCGAUCCGCGAUUUCACGAGCGGAUUGAUUUGCUCCCCUGAGAGGACGGGACGAUCGUUCGUUAUUCGGCGGAAUCUACGGAGGAUCUGGGAAAACCCUACGCCUAUCGCGAUGUGGAUCGAUCGCUGUCGAGGCGCGCGAGGACCCCGACGCGCGGUUUCUCCUUCGUAGUCCUGUUAGAAUUUGCACACCGAUUCGCAGAGAUUUCUGUUUGACGGAAAAAAAAUGUCUCGUGUUAAGCAACGUUCUCGUUGCAGUCGCAAUAUCUGGUCGCGUGCCGAAUGGAUUUCUGCAGGAAGAGGAGAAAGAGAGAGAGAGAGAGAGAGAGAGAGAGAGAGAGAGAGAGAGAGAGAGAGAGAGCACACUUCCUGCGGAAAUUCGUUCGCGGCGUCGUGAUAAUUAACUGAAUUAAUUGAUUAAAUCGCGCCGGCGACGAGUUCGCAAAAUGGGUGACCCAGGUGCGGCUGAGCGAUUGCGAUUAGGGUCACGCAAUUAUACGGGAUUUGUCCGUGCGGAAUCGAGUCCUUUAGGGGAGGGGAGGGAUUUCGCAACAUGUUACUUCGCGUCAGGCCGUCCCUUAAAUAAUGUUCUUUCAGUGAUCCUUGAAGGGAAAGAGGAGAUGUAUGAUCGUUUAUCGCGACUAUUCGCACACAGUCGAAGGAUUCAUUAAUCACGUCGGAAUUAGAAAUUUACUUGUGUCGUAACGGCGGCGUUAUUCGACAUAAACUUCACGAAUUUUAAUCCUUAUAUUAAUUAUAUGAAUCCACACGAAUAAUUCCAGUUAAACUGCGGUUUGUAUUUACUUCUAAAUUUAGUUUUCUUCAUGUCUUUGUAAAUAUUGUUAUAUCUUGUACGAUUUAUGAGUCACAAUCAGGCAAUAUGUAACGAUAAGUAGAGAACGAAAUACGUACCUAAGUAUGUCCAUUUAUAAGAGUCACACUGAUCCAGAAUUGUGUUAAGAGAAUAAAACUUUUUAUCCUAAUUAGAAGUACAUACUGCGGAAUUUUGUGAUUGCAAGGCGCUCUCAGAGAACGAAACUCUCAAGUGCCUAUACUCAAUUUCAGCAAAUUAUAUGAAUUCAAUGAUUUUUAACAUGUAUAAAUUAUUAUAUGCGAAACUGUAUGUGUAUAUAAUAGAUGUACUAAUGUUAAUGGGAAGUUAAAUGAAACCGAAAUAAUUUUUAAUAUGUUGUUACAUUUCUAUAAUCAAUCUUCUACAAUCUUAAGUGCUCUCGAAUAAAAUUAUAUGCAAUCAAA